AUGGCCGAGUCAAUAACCCAGGUUGAGCAGGGGGCCAAAGGUGACCGAGGACUGCCAGGGCCUCGGGGUGAGAAGGGUGAAGCUGGCCGUGCCGGGGAGCCUGGAGACCCUGGGGAAGAUGGUCAAAAAGGGGCUCCUGGACUCAAGGGUAAUAAGGGUGACCCAGGAGUUGGGGUCCAGGGCCCCCCUGGGCCAGCUGGUCCUCUAGGUCUGAAGGGAGAUGUGGGCCCCCCUGGCCCCCCUGGUGCUCCUGGUGUUGUCGGAUUCCCUGGUCAGACAGGCCCUCGAGGAGAGAUGGGUCAGCCAGGCCCCAGUGGAGAGCGGGGUCUGGCAGGUCUCCCAGGGAGAGAGGGUGCCCCAGGUCCCUUGGGGCCACCUGGACCACCAGGGUCAACGGGAGCUCCCGGAGCCUCUGGACUCAAAGGAGACAAGGGAGACCCUGGAGCAGGUCUGCCCGGGGCCCGCGGCGAGCGUGGGGAGCGUGGGGAGCCAGGUGUCCGGGGUGAAGAUGGCCGUCCUGGCCAGGAGGGACCCCGAGGACUCAUGGGGCCCCCAGGCAGCCGGGGUGAGCGUGGGGAGAAGGGUGACGCUGGAGCCUCAGGGCUAAAGGGUGACAAGGGUGAUGCAGCCAUGGCUGUGGGGCCUCCAGGGCCACGGGGUGCCAAGGGGGACAUGGGCGAACGAGGGCCUCCGGGCAUAGAUGGUGACAAAGGACCUCGUGGAGACAAUGGGAACCCUGGAGAGAAGGGCACCAAAGGAGAGCCUGGUGACAAGGGUUCAGCCGGGUUGCUGGGAGCUCGUGGACUCACAGGACUCAAGGGUGAGCCUGGCACCGCAGGGAUCCCAGGUGACCCGGGAUCCCCAGGAAAGGAUGGAGCCCCUGGUGUCCGAGGAGACAAAGGAGAUAUUGGCUUCAUGGGUCCCCGGGGCCUCAAGGGUGAGCGAGGGAUAAAGGGAGCCUGUGGCCUCGACGGAGAGAAGGGAGAUAAGGGAGAAGCUGGUCCCCUGGGCCGCCCUGGGCUGGCAGGACGCAAGGGAGAUAUGGGGGAGCCGGGGGUGCCGGGCCAGGCGGGGGCCCCUGGGAAGGAGGGCCUGAUCGGUCCCAAGGGUGAUAGAGGCUUUGAUGGGCAGCCAGGGUCCAAGGGUGACCAGGGCGAGAAAGGGGAGCGGGGGCCCCCUGGAAUUGGGGGCUUCCCAGGUCCCAGGGGCAGUGACGGCUCUAGCGGUCCCCCUGGGCCACCUGGCAGUGUUGGUCCCAAAGGCCCCGAAGGACUUCAGGGCCAGAAGGGUGAGCGGGGCCCCCCCGGAGAGAGAGUGGUGGGUGCCCCUGGAGCCCCUGGGACCCCUGGAGAGAGAGGAGAGCAGGGGCGACCAGGGCCCGCCGGCCCCCGCGGGGAGAAGGGAGAAGCUGCACUGACAGAGGAUGACAUUCGAGGCUUUGUGCGUCAGGAGAUGAGUCAGCAUUGCGCCUGCCAGAGCCAGUUCAUCGCAUCUGGAUCACGACCCCUCCCGAGUUAUGCUGCAGACACUGCCGGCCCCCAGCUCCACCCUGUGCCUGUGCUCCGGGUUUCUCACACGGAGGAGGAAGGCCAGGUGCCCCCUGAGGACGACGAGUACGAGUACUCUGAGUACUCCAUGGAGGAAUACCAAGACCCUGAAGCUCCUCGGGCUGGCGAUGACCCCUGCUUGCUUCCACUGGACGAGGGCUCCUGCGCUGCCUACACCUUGCGCUGGUACCAUCGGGCGGCGGCAGGUGGCACAGAGGCCUGUCACCCCUUUGUCUAUGGUGGCUGUGGAGGGAAUGCCAACCGUUUUGGGACCCGUGAGGCCUGUGAGCGCCGCUGCCUGCCCCGCGUGCUCCAGAACCAGGGAACAGGUGCUGCCCGAAGCUGAGGCCCAGAUGACCAGCUGGACAGCUGAAGUUCAGCGUCCCCUGGAGGAGUCCUGCUGUCCCUCCCCUUGGUGCUAGAGGCCUGUGUGCAUGGGAGCGUGCAUGAGCGUGUCCAUUAUUUCAGUGACUUGGUCCCGUGGGUCUAGCCUUCCCCCCUGUGGACAAACCCCCACUGUGGCUCCUGCUUCCCCAGCAGAUGACUCAGUGCGGGGGUGGCUGUGGGCAGGGAGCGGAUGUGACUGCAUCUGACCCGCCCCUUGACCCAAGCCUGUCAUGACAUGGUGCUGAUUCUGGGGGGAGCAUUAAAGCUGCUGUUUUAAAAGGC